GCGGGGGUUUCAAGUUCUGGUUCCCGCCAUCUCUGCCUCCACCAUCUGCCGCCUCCGGCCGACUUGCACUGCUUGAGGUAGCUGACACCACUAGUAACUCUAGCUCCAGGGGAUCCAAGAACACACGACCACAUCCACACAAAUACACAUGGGUUUCUGCUAAAAUUGAAGACAAAGGCAUUAAUAUAGUAGUGAUUGACAGAAAGGUCUCUGUGGCUGGGUUCCUGCUCUCCAUGCUUCUGAAGCAAUGAUGGGGAAAUGGGAGUCAAUGGUGAAGCAGAUUGAGGAGCGGGCAUCUCACUAUGAGAGGAAGCCACUGUCUUCCGUGUACAGACCAAGACUGUCCAAGCCAGAAGAACCAUCCUCCAUUUGGAAGAUAUUUCAUCGUCAGAAUCAGGCUUUUAAUUUUGUUAAAAGCUGUAAAGAGAGUGUUCACGUAUUUGCUUUGGAGCACAAAAUGGGAAAUGGACAACGUAUUUACCUUGUAACAUCCUAUGCUCAAUUUUGGUUUUACUAUAAGACCCGGACAACCCUCCUGCACUGCUAUGAAGUUAUUCCUGAGAACGCUGUGUGCAAGCUUUAUUUUGAUUUGGAAUUUAACAAACUGGCCAAUCCAGGAGCUGACGGGAAGGAGAUGGUUGCACUGCUUGUACAGCAUGUCUGUGAAGCACUGCAGGAGAUUUACAGUGUUCACUGCUCAGCUGAAGAUGUUCUCAACCUGGAUUCCAGCACUGAAGAAAAGUUUAGCCGACACCUAAUAUUUCAGCUCCAUGAUGUGGCGUUUAAAGAUAACACUCAUGUUGGUAAUUUUGUGAGAAAAAUUUUGCAACCUGCUCUUCACUUAAUCACCAAGGACGAUGAGGAUGAGAUCACAGAGGCAGUGGGCCAUGAAGCCUCCUGUUUUUCUGUUACACCAUUAAAACAAGAGAUUUCAGAGGCCUGGGAGAAGCUGGCGUUGCCUAAGCAGUGUGACCCCGAUCUUUCAUUUUUAGUUGUGAAAAAUCACAAAGGAGAAAAAUGUCUCUUUGUGGAUCUAGGAGUGUAUACAAAAAACAGAAACUUUCGACUAUAUCAAUCAUCAAAAAUAGGAAAGCGUGUGUCUUUGGAGGUUGCAGAAGAUAACAGAUUUAUUCCAAAACAGUCAAAAGAUAUUUCUGAGGAAAACCAGUAUUUCCUGUCUUCCCUGGUGAGCAAUGUCAGAUUCUCAGACACUUUACGAAUUCUCUCAUGUGACCCGUCUCAGACCAAAAGAAAGCGGGUUGAAUAUUCUAACAGUGCUGGCACUUCAGUGGAACCCAUUGAAGGCUUCCAGGCCUCCCCGUACCCUGAGGUCGACCGCUUUGUUCUUUCUUUGGUGAAUAAACCUGACACUGAAGGAGGAAUUCGGCGUUGGAACUACUUUUUCCCAGAAGAAUUGCUGGUUUAUGAUAUAUGUAAAUAUCGCUGGUGUGAAAACAUUGGAAGAGCCCACAAGAGUAAUAAUAUCAUGAUUCUGGUUGAUCUGAAAAAUGAAGUUUGGUAUCAGAAAUGCCAUGACCCUGUAUGUAAAGCACAAAACUUCAAAUCUACCUGUUUCCCACUACCCACUGAAGUAAGUCUCCUGUUUCUUCUGAAAGAUGAAGAAGAUUUCACUUCUGGAGAAACAGAUGAAGACAGCAACUCACUAACCAAGGAUUUUCAAAACCCACCACCCUGCAACUUGUCUGCCGCUGACUGGGAUGACGGAGAUGAUGCCUGUUUCUUAGAAGCGACAGAAGAUGCUGAAUUUGCUGACGCUGCAGAUAAGAGUGUUCUUGGUUCAGUGGACGAUAUUCCUGACGAGCUAAUUAUAGAAGCUUUACAGAGCAGCUGACUGUGGAUAGAACAUACAUCAUGAGGCUACAAUUUGCCUGAAGGCUGAGAUUCAAUAACAUGAAUGUUAAAUUAGUGCUGGGCCUAUCGCCCUAUGUUAGAAUAUGUACCUACGCCCUGCAUUUAGUCUCCUAUAUUUAACAUCACACAAAAACCAAAUUAUAUUACCUUAUUGUUCACCUGUUUAUAGCAACUAUUUAUUACUUGGUUAGCCUAAACCAGACUUAUUACCUCUGACAGGACAGUAGAUGCUUCUAAUUAACCAAAGUGAUUCUGUGCUAGCAUUUGCACUGCUGUCAUUCUGUGCUAGCAUUUGCACUGCUGUCAUUCAUGAGUUUAUUGUAGGUUAAAACUCUUGUGCCUGGUGAUGACUAACGUGUUGAGACUGAAAUUUAUUAACACAAUACUCAAAAAUAUGGCUAUGCCUUCUGAGUUAUUAGACAACUGAAGAGGUGCAGUUUAGUUUGAAUGACAAAACUGUAGUACAUCCUGGUAAGCAGGCCUCACUCAUUGCCAGCACAGAAGCUUGGCUGUCAGGAGUGUGGUUUCAGGAGAAGAAAUGGCAGCAGGAGACUCAGUUUCUCAGUCCUGCUUAAGGAGCUUCCCCAGAUGAUAAUUGAUGGUUUUCAGGUGUUUUUCAGCUCCCAGAAUGCUUCUUGCUUUAAAUAACAGAGCUGGAAGGCUAGAUGAAUCAUACUGUUGAUGAAAGAAAAACUAUUUAGACUCACAAAUGCUUUAAUGUUCUUUUAGUUCACAACCCUAACGACCGAGGCCAGUCUGGAUGUCUUCCACUGGCUUCCUUUUGUUUCACUGGCAUCAUGGCAUCGUUAUUCGGAAACGGGUUUUAGCCCAUCUUAUCUCCUCAGAACAUAAUUGUUAAUACAAUGUCAUAAGGAACUGCUCAACAAAGCGCUCACAGAUCUCUGUACCCCAGGCAAGACCAAUUGUCCCAAAGAACGAUGGCAUCUACAUGACUUACAAUAGCCAGUCAUGCAUUCCUCCAACUUGGAUAGGCAAGUGUGUGGUGGCAUGCUGUGUUAACUUGGUCUCAUCUAUUUUAAACAGAAAUUUCUAAAGCAAGUUUCCUUUUACUUCAAGACCUAACAGAAUGAGAACAACUGGCCUGUUAAGUCUAUAACAAAAUAAUCUCAAAGAUCUCAAAGGUAUCAUUUAGGAAGUUACCUAUUGGGUCAGCCAUGCCUUAAAGCUUGCCAAUCCAAAGGUCUAUGGGAAAAAUUAAAACACAAAACCAACCUAAAUUGGAACACAGAACCCAACUUAUGACUUAGAAAUAAUUAACAAAACCAAACUUCCUGUUGCAAACUAUCUGAAGAAAAUUAAAUUCCUCUUAAAUGCUUUACCACACUUUUGACAGCUUCCUGAUAAAUGUGCUUCCAAGGUAUUUUCCUCAAUGAUGAGAACUGAGCAGAAAAGCUGUCUGACGGUGGAUGUUUUCUGCCACACACAUGCCAUGUUUUCAGAGAAGUCAGCCCAACACCUGUGGGACAGCCUACUCAAAAGAAACCCUAAGCACCUGCUCUCUGAGAGAAAUGAGACAACUUCACUUGGAGUUGCGGGUUUGGCCUCAUUUAGGAAGAGGGUGACAUAUCCAGGUGUCACAGGAGAAGUAGGGUAGGCGCUACAACAGCAGCAGUGCUCCAGGCACUGGGGGCACACACCCUGGCUGGUGAGGGCAGUGCGUUCCAAAGCAGCUCCGACAGCUUGGUCUUUGGCCUGGGGUAGACCAGGGAGCACAUUUGCCUAGCAUGUGCAAGGAGGAACAACAAGAUCCUGACUUACCCCAGGAUCAAUGCUACUGUUAACUUUCACAGAUUUAAUAAUCGAAUCCCUAAAAUAGACUUGAGGUACAUUUUAAACAUUUAUAUUUUAGUAGCUCUAAUAUAUGAACAGAUCUUGAGUUCUGAAAACUCAGAUCAUCCCAUAUCUUAAAAUUGAAUUUAGAGGUGAGGUUGACAAACCUGAUUAUGAGAUACACGAAGACACGGUAUAUAAUUAUAUAUUACAUUCUACACACAAUUCUAUUAGUAUAAUUCUACACACAAUUCUAUUAAUACAAUUCUACACACAAUUCUAUUAGUAUAAUUCUACACACAAUUCUAUUAGUACAAUUCUAUACACAAUUCUGUUAGUAUUUUUCUAGUCCUAUUAGUUUUAUAAAUUUAUAAUUUUUUAGCUAACAUUUUUAUUACGGCCACAGAAAAGUUUCAGGGGCAACUUCAAAGUGUUAAAAUAAUAAACUACAUUUCCCAACUGUCACUCCUGCCAUUUCAGUGAAACAGCUUCUAAAGCAUGAACGCGGGCUAGACAGAGGUGGUUGGUCUUUCUAACACGUCUGAGUGAACUGAGUAUGGAUGGAAACUGUAAUCAAGCAGAGUGUACUUGUUCAAAAGAGUGUUGUGGACAGUACACAGUGCUCUAGGGGAACUCAGGAGUAACAGAUUCCUCUCUUCACUAAGUAGCUAGAAGGUGCCUUACAGUGCUGUGCUCUCACGGACUUUCAAUAAUGCUGCUGCUUGUUACCUUUCUUCAAAACUACUGAUGUUCUACAAGCAAAUGCCUGUGUCACCUUCUGAUGCACAGUGCACAGAACUCACUUUUUCCUUUUCCUUUGGUUCUUCUUCUCGAACAUUGGAAUAAUCUUGAUACAGCUGUUUUAAAUUAGAUAAGAAAUGCUUGGAAUUCUUAAGUGCUGACUUUCUCUUCUUAAGGUCGUCAUAUUUUGUUUGUAGUUGUUUCAGUUGUGGUUCUAAUCUAGAUUAAAACAAAUUUUAUUUUUUAAAAUCUCAAAAACAAAUUGUACUUCUUCCAGAGGUCCUGAGUUCAAAUUCCAGCAACCAUAUGGUGGCUCACAACCAUCUGUAAUGAGAUCUGAUGCCCUCCUCUGGUGUGUCUGAAGACAGUUACAGUGUACUCAUAUAAUAAAUAAAAAAAUCUUAAAAAAA